AUGGCCUUCAACAACGACGAUUCACACAAUUCGACCGCCCACAAUACGUCGAUACCAGGAUUCAACUUGGCAGUGCCCAUCCCAACACCACCGUCGACAUCGGUCAUGGCUUGGUCAUUGUCGCCACCUUCUGCGGCAGCAGCAGCUGCAGCAGCAGCCAACACCCAGCAUCGAGAUAGUUUUGGACAUCGGCAAGAACUUGAGUCCAUGUUUUACCGGGAUCUUGUAUGCUGCAACAAGAAGAUUGAGGAUCUCCACCAUUUGCUGCGACACUAUGAAGAUCACCACCAUAACCAUGAGCCCAUGGCAGAGUCUGUUGAUUCACACCCGCCACCACUACUUGCACAAGCGAUUCGGGGAGCCAUGUCAGGACGUCGUGUGGAUAACGAUGAUGAUAUGGACGAGGGUAUUGCGAUAUCAAGGAUGGAAGGGAUUGAAUCGUCGCAUCAUCCUCAUCAUCACACAGCAACCAGUACCUCCAACGACCCAAGUUAUCGAUUGCAACAUCCACAGCCACAACAACAACAACAUCACGAUGACACCUUAAUGCCUAUCAUCCCUGGUGGCACAUUGCAUCCAACUCAAAUGGAAGAAGACGAAUCCUCUGUGUACCCACCUAAUACAAAUGCACCACCACACCAUCAUCAUACUCAUCAUCAACCCAUAUCCUUACCACCUUUGAGCACUACAAGUACAACUACCACAGCCCAAACUACCACCGCACCAGCACUUCACAUCACCCCGGCUAAUGAUCCUACACGACCUUACAAAUGCUCGAUCCCAGGAUGUACCAAAGCCUACAAGAAUGCGAAUGGUCUCAAGUACCAUCGUGAGCAUGGACAUGUGGAAACAGGUGAAGAGGACAUCCUUAUUCGACCUUAUCGAUGCGCCUUGUGCAAUAAGGGUUAUCGGCAAAUGAGUGGGCUCAAGUACCAUAUGACGCAUGGACAUCCAUGA